ACAUGCAUGGGCAUGCGCGUGAGUGUGAGAGCGUGCGAGAAAGAAGAGGGGACGGAGUAUUUGGUCCAACGAGAAAAUAAGCAAGCAUAUGUGAAUGUGAUGAUGAUAGGUGGACAAAAGGCGGGCAGUGAAAUCAUUGCGUUGCUUUGCAGAUGA